AUCGAGCCGAUUUGGAAGUCCGCCGACUUCAAGUCUGCACACAUACUAAUGUCAUGAUGGCAGUUGGCACCGCUGAACUCAAGGCCCUCCAAGACUCGUUGCUAAACACCAGCGGAGCAGCCGCACUACACGAUCGAUUUCGUGCACUGUUCACACUCAAGUCUUUGAAAAGCGAAGACGCGGUCGCCAUCAUAUCCAGAGGUUUUCAGGAUCGAUCUGCUCUUUUAAAACAUGAGUUGGCAUAUUGUCUAGGCCAGAUGAAGCGCACGUCAGCACUCCCUGUGCUAGAGUCAGUCCUCCGAAAUGAGGACGAAGACCCUAUGGUGCGGCACGAGGCAGCGGAAGCUAUGGGAGCAAUUUCUUCCACUUCUUCUAUCCCGAUCCUGAAGGAAUACCUCGCCGAUCGCAAUCGGAGUGUCCGCGAGACUUGUGAGAUCGCCCUUGCCAAGAUUGAAUGGGAUAACUCGGAAGAGGGAAAAAAACACCUUGUCGAGAAACAGUCCACUGAUGCGCUACCGUCCUAUACAUCCAUCGACCCUGCCCCGCCGUCGUCCAAACUUCUCUCUGGAACGCCGAGACCGGAGGAUAUCGAUAAUGCGACCAUUCAUACACUCAAGUGUACACUCCUGGACACUGGGCUACCUUUGUUUGAGCGAUACCGUGCGAUGUUUGCCCUUCGGAACAUUGGUACGCCCGCCGCAGUCGAUGCCCUUGCGGCAGGAUUCUCAGAUGACAGCGCUCUGUUCAAACAUGAAGUUGCGUUUGUCUUCGGGCAGUUGCUCUCGCCACACGCUGUUCCCGCUCUUUUAAAAGUCCUACAAGACACUUCUGAAUCCGACAUGGUGCGACAUGAAGCAGCUGAAGCUUUGGGUGGGAUAGCAACGCCGGAAGUGCUUGAGUACCUGAAAGAAUGGAUGACAAGAGAGGAUGCCCCUACAGUCGUGCGUGAGAGUUGCCAAGUUGCGAUUGACAUGUGGGAGUAUGAAAACUCGGAUCAGUUUCAGUAUGCCAAUGGCCUGGAGAUCGUCAAGAGCACGGCCGAAUGUAUUCCACCCCUCUAAUACAUUUCAGGCUCCGGUAGCGUCCACGUGUAGGGAAGGAGUUUGAUAAGUAUUAGAUCAUUAGACCGAGCUUCAGGCCAGUACUACAUAUGUAGUAGUUGUAAAACGGGAGACGCCAAGCGUAUGUAUAAUCUGAGUAAGCGUUUAUGUAAC